UAUAUAUAUAACUAGUACGGCACCAAGUUCUGGUGGUACAUGAAGCCCUCUAGCUAGGUAGCCACAAAUAGCUGCGGUGAAGUUUCUGAUCUGUGAUCCACUUCUGCGGCUCUCAACUCGCUCAUUAUCUGAGGCACUUGACUGCAAUACGAGUUACGGUAUCCGAACAUGCUCUUGCGUUGCGCUGCUUUCAUCACGUCGGUUUUGGCGGCCGCUGUUAAUGCCGAGGCAGCAGACAGUCGAAUCUUUAUUGAUGGUGGACGCUUGGUGGGAGGUACCAAUGGCGUGAUAUUCGACUACAACAAUGAGUUGCAUGCCUGUCAGUCGCUUGGGCGUCAAAUAUCGAAAGUGGAUCCAGAAACUGGAGACAUCCUAUCUUCGAUUGGGCCCGAAGAAGAGGUGUUUACACCGGACGACGCUGUCUUCUUACCAGACGGCACAAUGAUCUGGAGCGAGUUCAUCUUGGGAACUUUCAUGAUGCGCCCGCCAGGAGGUCCCACCGAAAUGCUCUAUCCGCCCUUCACCUACCCCAACGCCAACCCACUCGCUCUGUCAGACGACAAUACGCGACUCUUCUUUGGGCAGUGCUUUAACGAGGUGUCUCUCAAUGGCAUUUACGAACGCAACCUGUUGACAAACGAAACUACUAUCAUCAUUGAGGGAAUCCCCUCUUGCUCGUCCAACUCCAUGGCCUUCAAGGAGGAUGCUCUCUACACUCCCCGACUGUACGAGGGCCGUGUGGUGAAGAUCGAUUUGGCAAACAACAAUACCGUCACGAACGUUUCCACCGGCUUGGGUAUUCCUAAUGCUGUGAAGUUUUCUCGUACAGGCGAGCUCUACGGAACAGACUCCCAGUUCGGUAAAGUCUACCGAUACGAUCUCGCCAACACAGACACCGAAAACAACCGGGAAGUUGUCUUUCAUGGUCCAUUCAAUGCCAUCGAUAAUCUCAUCUUUGACAAUAACAACAGGCUUUACAUCAGCUCAGUCAACAGAGGAACAGUCCUAGAAGUCUUUCCUGAUACCAUGGACACGGAUGCUGGAGAAUUGAUGACGCAGCGCGAUGGUACUAUUGGUUCCUAUCGCACUGUUGUCCCGGGCACCUUCACCUUACCCUGUGGAGUGGCUGUGCUUGACGGUGUUGUGUACUUAGUUCAUCCUAACGGAGCAAUGGGCUUCGAUGCUGUUACUGGCGAAGAAGUCCUGUUCUUUGAGCCAGUGAUUGGCUUUGACUCAUUGGAACAGCCCUCAGCUGUCGCCGCUUGGGAAGAAAAGGGUUUGCUUUUGUUCCCCUCGUUGCUCACAGCCACUCUGUCAUUGUUCGAUCCAUCGGAUGAGUCAUUGGAAGUAUUGCACUUCACGGCUCCAGUUGCCGAUGCUCAUCCGCAUGGCGAUGAUAUCCUCGUGGUAGAUGCUACUGGCAACAUUACUUUGGUCAAAGGCAGCAACUAUGAAGAGAAGGAAGUCAUUUCCACUGUUCCUGGGGUCUUUUUCUUGGCAGGUUCGGAUCAGGAUGUGUAUGCAAGCAACUACUUCACAGGAACAAUUCUUCAGAUCAUUGAAAAUGGGAAGGUACUCGAGGAACCCAAAGUGAUAUCAACGGGGCACUCGGCACCCGAAGGCAUUGCUUUGUACGGUGGUGAUAGUCUUUUGGUCGUCUGCUCGGGUACGGGGACGCUCGAACAUGUGGUCCUUGAAACCGGUGCAGUAACAGUGUUGGAAAACAACUUGAGCUUUCAAGCCCCUGCUGACAUUCUACCGUACGGUUGGCCGAACGAUGUUGCCAUCCAUGGAGACAACGCUUUUGUAAACGGAGAUGGCGUGAAUGCGAUCUACCGGUUUGAGCUCUCAGGAGCCAAUACACCCGAAGGCGAAAAGUUGGAUGGCACUGCUCUUGAACCCGCUGAAUCUCCAGGAGAAGAGGAAGCUCCGUCUUCGUGGGGCUUGAAGAGGUUUGAGCCCACAUCACCUUUUCUCUCGAUCUGGAUUGUCGUUGCUAUUUUGGUUUGAACGCUGCCCUGAUAUGCCGUAACACACUAGUCGACUCUUAUGUAGAGCCUGAAUGUCCCGUUAUGUUGCAUCCUGUAGUGAUAACGCAUACCAGUAACCAACAAAAGGGCCAAGAUGCACCCAAGCAACGAUUC